AGAGAGAGAGAGAGAGAGAGAGAGAGAGCAUCUCUUUCUCCCUUCAAUUCCUUUCGAUCUUCUUAUUGGAAGGGUUUCUGUUUUUUCCCUCUGUGAAUUUUCUCAAUUGGAUCGAGGAAAAUCCACCCUCGUAACUUGAUAGACGCUCAGAUAGAGAUCGUCUCGUCGCAGCCGUCUAUAUGAUGCUGAAGAAGAGCCCUCCGAAGCAUCGGCAUGAUGGGACCUCUCCCCUCCCUCUGGGCAUGGACUGGAGUCCUCCUCCCAAGAGAUGGAAUGGAAGAGACACUGUUUGGCCACAUGACCCUCGCACCGGAUGGAGUUACUGUGUUACAAUCCCGUCUUGGAUCGUGCUACCCGAGUCAAGAACUUCAGAUGGAAGCUCAGCUAAUACUAUAGUGGAACAGUUUUACAGGGUUCAGGUUGGUGUACAAUCACCAGAAGGGGUUAGUACUGCCCGAGGAAUACUUAGAAGAUUCAGUGACUUCUUGAAGCUAUUUGCGGCAGUUAAACGUUCAUUUCCAAAGAAAAGUCUUCCCCCAGCCCCACCAAAGCAUUCUUUCUUGAGAAUUAAUUCCAGCCGGCCGCUGUUGGAAGAGAGAAGGUAUGCUUUGGAGGAGUGGAUGGGCAAGCUAUUGUCGGACAUUGAUUUGUCUAGAAGUGUUCCAGUGGCAUCAUUCCUUGAGCUAGAAGCUGCUGCAAGGUCAUCAUUUCAGGAUGUAAAUCAGCACAAUGUAGACAGAAAUCCUCAUGGUGAUAGUUUGACUUCUUCUCCUCAAUUCCAACCUAAUCCAGGCGCUUCUGUUGCUGCUGGUAGUUCAUCUGAUGCAUCUAAGGCUCUCUCAAGCACACUGGAUUAUGGCAGUGAUAAUGCGUGUGAAACAUCAGAGUUAGGGACACCUAGGCAAUGUUCUGAAAUUUGUGCAGACGAUCUAAUGCUGGAUCAAGACUUGGCUGCUCCAAUGGGUACACUUGUGAAGUAUGGCAUCACUACUACAGACAAUGGCCUCUUUGUGGGGGACUCUGGUUUAGAGCAGCUAGAGGAGUUCCCUAGGAAUAAGAUGCAUGCUAGAAAGGAGAAGAAUGUUCUAAGGGGCACGUUUAAUGGGAGUGCUUCGAAGGAUGCAUUUCUUUCCAAUGACACUGCAGAGUUUAUGUCAGAGCCAGAGCAUGAUAAGCUUGCUGGCCAUGCUCGAAAACUCUCUGCUGAGAGUGUUGGAAGUGACAUGAGUUCCAUAAGAGGAAGUGAAUUAUCAAAUGCUGGGGUGACUAACUUGCUUCACGAUAAUUCCCUUAAUCUUCUUGGAGGUGUAGAGGCUUCAAUUAAAACGGAAGCUUUUGGCAACUCAGAGUUACAGUUUCUGAAUGAUGUACAUGUGGUUCUUCCAUUGGAUCAGCGCAAUAAAAUGAAUAGGGUUCUUACAACCAUGCAAAGAAGGCUAGUUACAGCAAGAACAGACAUGGAGGAUCUUAUAUCAAGACUAAAUCAAGAAAUAGCUGUGAAAGAAUAUCUUACAACAAAGGUGAAAGAUUUGGACGUGGAACUUGAUAGUACUAAGCAGAAAAGUAAAGAAAACCUGCAACAAGCCAUCUUAAUUGAAAGGGAAAGAGUUACUCAAAUGCAGUGGGAUAUGGAAGAACUUCGUAGGAAGUAUUUGGAGAUGGAGUCGAAGCUCAAGUUCGAACAGGAUGAAAAGAUUCGUUUGGAGUUGGCAAAAGUGUCUGCCAUUCAUGAGAAGGAGCUGUUGCUGCAGGAAUUGGAUGUUGCAAGAGAACAACUUAAGAACCUGCAGAAACAUCAAGAAGAGCUGGAAAUGAAAUCAAAAGCGGAUAUUAAAGUUCUUGUCAAAGAAGUUAAAUUUCUUAGGAAAACUCAAACAGAGCUGAAGCAGGAGCUGAAUCAGUCUCUGAAGGAAAAGGCUGAACUAGAGAGGAUUCUUCAAAAGGAAAAACAAAGAAGGGAACAUGCAAAAACUGCGAGGGUGAAACUGCUUCAUGAAUGUGGAAUUCUUCGGCAUCGGCUCCAAGAAUGUAGUGUCAAUUUUCUUGCAGAAGAGGAAGAUAAGUUCACUGUUGAUUCUUCUUCCUUAUCAGAUGCUUUGGAUCUCUUGACAACAUCUGACAACCGAAUUGGCCUCCUCCUGGCAGAGGCACAACUUCUAGCUCAAGAUGAUGAAAGCUCCAUUUCUGCCGCAGACAGAGCUCAGGGUAAUGUCAAUAUCAAUGGCGACGAUCCGACGGUAACAGAUGAUGAGGUGAGAAAGAUGCUUACAGAUAUUUUCAUUGACAAUGCUAGACUGCGGAAACAGGUGAAUUCCAUUAUCCGUUGUGCACUAAAAAAUGUCGUGAAACCUGAGAAAGAAGAUGGGAUUGAUGAGGCGCCUUCAAGAAAGACUGUACUAAACAAAUUCUUAGAAAGAUGAACUGGGGUUAUAUCUUUUAUAGUGUAAUAUAAAUUUUUGUAAGGUCAGAAAUAAGACAGAUGAGAGAGAGAGAGAGAGAGCCCCCUUACGCGCUUGUAAUUUCUGUAAUCACUGGCUGCCUCUUUCAGCCUUGGGGGUAGCCUUUAUUUUGUCAAAAAAGAAUAACAAACUGAAAAGAGAAAUUGAUACUGAAGUUGUAGA